AACGCGCGCCCGCGCCUCGCCACAGUCCGCGCAACGCGCUAGCGCUCCGUACGCACACGAUUUAGCCUAGCACUUGAGGCAGCACCAACAACAUGCUGCGUUUGUCAACAUUUUGCUUGUUACUGGCUCUGGCCACUGCUCAAACUGGAUACGAAUACAAUAAGCCUGGGAAACCCUUCGGUCAAGGAACCACACCGAAUCGGCCGGGAUAUUCACCUGGACAAUCCAGCAACUAUCCUGGUGGAUCAACUACACCUUCGUAUUCACCUGGCGCUCAAAACGACGAUUAUUCUGCUUCUGGACCAACGCCUAGUUUCCCAUCGGGACCUACUGGAUAUCCCUCCGGUCCCAGCCAAGGUUACCCUGGAUCUACCAGUCAAAGACCACAGACCGGAUAUCCAGGAAAAGGUCCAAGCGCUCCUUCAGCAGGUUACCCCGGGUCAGGAAACUAUCAAGAUCAAGGCCAAAAUUAUGAUCAAUCAGCACAGAGUUAUCCUGGACAGUCAGGUCAAAAUUACCCAGGUCAAUCUCCGAGUCGCCCUGGAACAUCAGGAUUUGGUCAAGGAGGAUAUGGUGGAUCUGGACCAAAUAGCUCAGGAGGUUCAAGGCCUAGCGGAACAGGUUUUCCUGGAUCGGGAUCCAGUUUCCCAGGAUCGGCACCUGGAAUUGGAGCAGGAGCUACAGGGCCUAGUGGACCAGGUAGCGGUGGAUUCCCCGGGUCUGAAGGCUUCGGUGCACAUGACACAGGAACUUAUGAAAAUGGUGAUUAUUCUGCUAUUCCUGGAGAACCUGACGUGGAUUAUCCCAUUCUCUCUGAAAUCCCCCAGACGUCAUUCAGAUGCGAUGCGCAACAAUACCCAGGUUAUUACGCUGAUGUUGAGACGCGAUGCCAAGUAUUUCAUGUCUGUGCAAAUAAUAUAACAUACGAUUUCCUCUGUCCCAAUGGCACUAUCUUCUCCCAGCAAGUGUUCGUUUGCGUGUGGUGGAAUCAAUUCGAUUGUAAUUCUGCACCCAGUCUUUACGAGAUGAACGCGAAUAUUUAUGAUUAUUCUAUAUCAGGAUCUUCACAAGGCAGUUCGUCAGCUCUUAAUGAUUACUCACAGGGCCCGCAGGGACCUUCAUCAUAUCCUGGACAGCAAGUAUCCCCUGGAAGUUAUCCAGGAAGUUCCGGGUCAUCUUACCCAAGUAGUCCUGGACUUCCUGAAUCAACUGGAUCUCAUCCCGGAGCAAUUGGCACACAAGGUGCAAACCCUACAUACCCUGGUAGCUCAGGAUCUCAAUCAUCUUCCGGCUCUUAUCCUAGUAGUUCAGGACCAUCUGCAACAUACCCAGGAAGUCCGGGCUCGCAGAACCCGUCUACGACUUAUCCAGGAGGUUUGGGAUCACAAACCUCAUCAUCAUACCCUGGCAGUACAUCCCAAGGUCCGUCGUCAUACCCAAGUGGAACAAGACCUCAAAGUCCAACUUCAUCUUAUCCCGGAUCUGGAUCACAAACGUACCCAGGAUCUGCGAGUUACCCUGGCCUAGGAACUGGAGGAAAUCAAGGUUAUCCUUCAGGUAAACCUAACGGCCCAAGCUUUGCGCCUGGUUCCAGCAGACCUCAAGGACCUUCUAAACCCAACAGAGAAUAUCUCCCACCUAGAACCCAGUAAAAGCAAAGUAAAAAAAAGCAAAUAAUUAGAGACCAGUAUUGAAAGACUUAGAUUAACUAGAUUUAAUAUGUACGAUGAAAAGCCAGGAGCCAGUACAAGUAUUAAGUUAACAAACGAUUUGAUGGUGCUGCAACACUAUUAAUAAUUUAUAAAGUAACUUUUUUAUUAGAGUAACCUUUUAAUAAAAUUGUAAUACGAAAUAAAGAAUAUAUUUCUUUAUAUCGUAUUAAAAUUUAAAAUUCUAGAAAUAAUUUUACUAGAAACAAUGCCACGCGGUUCAGGCAGCAGAUAGGACUCAAUUCCGCACCCUCCGCUAUCCAGGCGGAUGCACUGACUAUUAUGCUACCGCGGCCUUAAUAGCCGUAUCGAAUUCUUUCAAGUAUUUCUUAGCAAGGUAGCACCAUCUGUUCGCAUUGUAGGCAACCAACAACGUCAAACGAAUACCUUUACAAAUAUUAAUUAUUUGAAAGAAGAAAUAGCAAUUGUAGAUAUGGACUUAGUCGUGGAAUUUUUUCUAGUAACAUUUUCUUUAUAUUUUAAUAUGUAGCAGUUAAAUGCUUGAAAAUUAAAUAUAAAUAUAUAGAAAUAAAAAGAAAUACCUACAGCUAUUAGUUAAUUAUAUUGCCGUUAUUAACUUAUAAGCUGUAUUUCGUUAUAUUGAAAAUGAAUAUAUAAUAUUUUAAGAACAACAUGAUAAUCAUGUAAUGUUUAGAUUUUGCGGUUGAUAAAUAAUAAUAGCAUAGUAAUGUAAGAAAAAUUAAAUGUGAUGAAAUAUUGCAAGUUACCAAAACUAGUGUUUGUAAAUAGACGCAUAAUACUGAUUGAUUUUUCUAGUAAAUUAGUAAAAGUAAGAUCUGUUUGCUUUGAUGUGAUGUAAAUAUUUUUCUAAAUAUUUCAAUAAAACUAAAUCUAUGAGCAUCAAUGUAGUUGAUUUUAUUUUUUUCUAAUAAGGAAUGCUGGAUGGUUCUUUUUUACUGAGCCGUCUGAUAUCUUGCUACCACUGAACGGAACCAUGCUCUUUGCUAUGCGAAACAGAUCAUUUAUUAACUGGUAUUCUCUAGAAGCCAUUGGAAGAUUAUUUCCCUCUAUUAGCACUUUUAUUAAUCCGUACUGAUUAACUUUUUUACUUGACUUUUGAUACUGCAUUACAGUAAGUAAUUUCAUUAAACUGGUAUACAUUAAAUUGUUGUAUGAUAAAUUUAAAUAACAUAAGGUAAAAUUUCCCAGACAGUUACAUUUAUUAUCAAUAUUCUUUAAAUAGUUUGGCCCAAAAGGAUGCAAAAAAGGUCCCAUUAUUUCGUUACAUAUAAACUCUGCUUUUGUUUCGUUAUCAUUCAACUUAUUAGAUUUUGCAAUAUCUUUUCGGGCAUCUUUUUCUUUCUUAUUAUUAACUUUACGUAAUGAGGUUGCUGAUGUUUUUUUCCUCUUUGAUGGUGAUUUCUGGCUAAAGUAACUUAAUUCAUCACGGGAUAUAGUGUCACAUUCUUUACAAUAUUUUACGAAUAGCACGCGUUUCGCUUUUAGGUAUUCUAAUAGACUUCUCCGUUUAUUCAUAAUUUCAUCGAAUGUCAGAGGGAAUUCUGUUAAUGAAUUGAAUAUGGCGAUGGCCCCGUCAUCACCUAUGCGGUUAUCCGCUAGAUUUAAAUACCGCAAAUGUCUAUUAGUUCUGAGAGCUUCACCUAAAUGUUUUGCGCCUUCGUCGGUUAUGUGGUUGCUUGAUAAAUUUAAAACCAUCAAAGUUUUCUCGGCAUGCUCUGAAAAGUGAAGCGUGGAAGCUAUUUCUUUGCAUGUGUUAUCGUUUAUUUUACAACAACUUAGGGAAAGAUAUUUAAUUGAAGCAUUUUUGUUGUUGAGCAAAUUAAUAAGGUAUUCUUCAGGAAGAGUAGUUCUGUCAAAACUUAUAUCUGUAAUCCUUGAAAGAGAGAUAAUCUUAUUUAGUUCAUGAAUAAUGACAUAAUCGAUUAAGCAAUCAUCAAAUGAUAUUUUUGCUAAAUGGUCAUGCGGACGGACUAAGUAACUAAUGAUCUGAACCAAUGUUCGUGGUACGUCUUUUAUUUUAUUUAGUUUGAUUUCAACCAAAUUUUGUGCAUUAUCAUAUACUGAUGUCAAAAGUAGUACGUCUGGGAGAACAGUUGCAGUUGAUUCAGUUGUAGGACUUGAAACAAUAUUUCUUUCUGAUUUUACAUACGAAGGAGAAACCACGCGCGGUGUGACAGUUAUCUUUUUAUAUUUUACGGGAGUUUCCUCUUUUAAUUUCUUCAAGAAUUCAUCUGCAACAAACUUUCCAAUGAUGAAGUUAUAAUAAAAUGCCCUACAGG